AUGCUCUCACCACGGAAUCACGACGAGGAAAACACACAUGGCUACGUGAACCCCGAGGUACCUCUGAAUAUUGGCCUGUGGUCUCUAUAUGCUGGUGCUACAUUUUUUCUUGCGCUGCGCGUAUGGAUCAAGGUCACGAGGCGACACGGUCUGUGGUGGGAUGACUGGAUAUUGCUAGUAACCUGGAUCAUCCUCUCCAUCAACAACAGUCUGAUUACAAUCGAAUAUGCGACAGGCUACGUCGUUGACAAGUGGGAUGACCGGAUGCAAAUCCUCAUCAACAUCACGUCUUGCGGAACCCUCAUGGGGCAGGCCCUAAGCAAAACAGCGUUUGCUGUCACGCUGUUGAAACUCACCAAAGGCUGGCCCCAAUGGAUUCUCUGGUUCUGUAUCGUUACUAUGAACGCCUACAUGAUCACGAAGGUCUUCUUCCAGUGGGCGAGAAUCAUCGACAAGCCGAGCUACGACGUUUGGUACCGACUCAACUUCCAUCUGGACUGGACCUUUCGCGAGAGGUUCAAGGAGGGCGGGAAUGUGUACAACAUCAUCAUGGACUUUGUUAUGGCCACUUUCCCCUGGCUCAUCACCUGGAAGCUGGAUAUGCGUAAAGUCGAAAAGGUCGGUCUCUGCCUUACCAUGAGUCUGGGAAUGAUCGUCGCCAUUAUCGCCGCCAUCCGCACCGGCUGGAAACAAGGCGGCAACCCCAAGGACGAAUGGUACUUCUGGCGCAACGCUCACUCGAACAUCUGGUACUCGUCCGAGAUCGUCGGCACCAUCAUUGUCCAAUGCAUCCCCGUCCUGCGUCCACUCCUCCGCGACAUUCACACGUCGCUGACCUCUAAAAAACUCCCUUCCCAGACCCUCGGCACGGAGCGCCGCAGCAAGAUGCCCCCGGCCUACAUGAACAAUAACGGCCACACCGCCAGAGCGUUCUCCGAUGCGAACGGCACAAACAAUGACGACUCGAUGACGGACUCGUGGGAUAACCAGGGCAUAUACACGAAAAAAGACUUUGAGCUGACGCUUGUCGAAGCCAGACGCAGUCCACAGUCGAUGGUUUAG